AUCCCCAACGAGCUGUUCCUGGUGCUGGGGCUGGUGAGUCUGGUGGAGAACCUGCUGGUGGUGGCUGCCAUCCUGAAGAACAGGAACCUGCACUCUCCCACCUACUACUUCAUCUGCUGCCUGGCGGUGUCCGACAUGCUGGUGAGCAUCAGCAACCUGGUGGAGAUGCUCUUCAUGCUGCUGCUGGAGCACGGAGUGCUGGUGAUGCGUCCCAACAUUGUCCGCCACAUGGACAACGUCAUCGACGUGCUCAUCUGCAGCUCCGUCAUAUCCUCCCUCUCCUUCCUGGGGGUCAUCGCUGUCGACCGCAUCAUCACCAUCUUCUACGCCCUGCGCUACCACAGCAUCAUGACGCUGCAGCGCGCUGUGGUGACCAUGGCCAGCGUCUGGCUGGCCAGCACCACCUCCAGCACCAUCUUUAUCACCUACUACCGCAACAACACCAUCCUUCUCUUCCUCAUCGGCUUCUUCCUCUUCAUGCUGGUCCUCAUGCUGGUGCUCUACAUCCACAUGUUCGCCCUGGCACGUCACCACCUCCACAGCAUCUCCAGCCAGCAGAAGCCACCGACUGCCCACCGUGGUGGCAGCCUGAAGGGUGCUGUCGCCCUCACCAUCCUCCUGGGCGUCUUCUUCAUCUGCUGGGGACCCUUCUUCUUCCACCUUAUCCUCAUCGUCACCUGCCCCACCAACCCCUUCUGCACCUGCUUCUUCAGCUACUUCAACCUCUUCCUCAUCCUCAUCAUCUGUAACUCAGUGAUCGACCCCCUCAUCUAUGCCUUCCGGAGCCAGGAGCUCCGGCGGACGCUGCGGGAGGCGGUGACAUGCUCGUGGUAGGCAGC